CAAUGCGCUCAGAGCGUCAUUGUGCGUCAGCUCUAGUUUCCCAGCCAGCAACCACACAGGAGAAAGAGGAGGCGCACAACCUUACCGAUAGAAUAGUUAAGGGAUCUUUAUUUUUUAACGAUUAUUGUUGUGUAAAUUGACAUAUACACUACGCGCCUGGGCCAGUCUACCGGCACUCUUUACCCCCGCUCUGGCACACACGAAACCCGAUAUGAGCGGCAGCGGGCGGCCCAGGACUAGCUCGUUUGCUGAGCCUCCGGGAGUCCCUGGAGCCGCUGCAGCCGCCGCCGGAUCAGCCGUCGCCGGUGGAAGCUCUUCAGGAAAGACGGGGGGCGCGCAGGCCUCAGCCGGGAGUUCGUCUGGUUUCGGAAACCUAAAGCUGGGCAGGGAUAGUGGGAAAGUGACAACGGUAGUAGCCACACCAGGGCAGGGUCCCGACCGUCCUCAGGAGGUUUCGUACACAGACAUCAAGGUGAUCGGGAAUGGUUCGUUUGGAGUCGUGUACCAGGCUCGACUCAUCGACAGCCAGGAGAUGGUGGCCAUAAAGAAGGUGCUUCAGGAUAAACGGUUUAAGAACCGUGAGCUACAGAUAAUGAGGAAGUUGGACCACUGUAAUAUUGUCAGGCUACGCUACUUCUUCUACUCCAGUGGAGAAAAGAAAGAUGAAGUGUAUCUAAAUCUGGUGCUGGAUUUUGUUCCAGAAACUGUGUACAGGGUGGCACGCCAUUUCAACAAGUCCAAGACCACCAUCCCCAUUAUCUAUGUCAAAGUGUAUAUGUAUCAGUUAUUUCGCAGUCUGGCGUAUAUUCAUUCCCAAGGCGUCUGCCAUAGAGACAUCAAGCCACAGAAUCUCCUGGUGGACCCAGACACAGCUGUACUCAAACUGUGUGACUUUGGCAGUGCAAAACAGUUAGUUCGUGGGGAGCCCAAUGUGUCAUACAUCUGUUCGCGGUAUUACCGCGCUCCUGAGCUAAUAUUCGGAGCCACGGAUUACACAUCCAACAUUGAUAUCUGGUCAGCCGGCUGUGUAUUAGCAGAGCUGCUUUUGGGACAGCCCAUAUUCCCCGGUGACAGUGGAGUGGACCAGCUAGUGGAGAUCAUCAAGGUUUUGGGGACCCCCACAAGAGAACAGAUCCGAGAGAUGAACCCCAACUACACAGAGUUUAAAUUCCCACAGAUCAAAGCACACCCUUGGACAAAGGUGUUUAAGCCGAGGACCCCUCCUGAAGCCAUCUCAUUGUGUUCUCGUCUGUUGGAGUACACGCCGGUGACGCGGCUCUCGCCGCUGGAGGCCUGUGCACAUGCCUUCUUUGAUGAGCUGCGCCAGCCGAACGCACGUCUGCCUAAUGGCCGAGAACUUCCCCAACUCUUCAACUUCAGCCCUGUGGAGCUGUCUAUCCAACCACAGUUGAACUCCAUUCUCAUUCCUCCCCACGCUCGCUCGCAGACGACACCUGCCUCGCACGAGGGCAGUUCAGACGGCCCAGCCCAGUCUGGUCCAGCACCGGGACCACUGAGCAACAACACCUAAUUGUUCCCUCAGCAUUACUUAGACAUCAUCACCCCUCUCUCCUCAUCCCUUCUCUCUCAUUCCUCUCUCUUUCCCAGCAGCAGCUCCAAACAGUCUCUCUUGCACGCGCUCACAAACACACAAUCACUCACUCGUCACCUUGUGUUAUGUGUAGUCAUGUUCUCCCAUGAUGGUAGAAGUGUGUGAUGCCCAGAUGAAUAGCGUCGACCAUCAGAGGAGGUCGAUUUAAAUUUAGUAUGAUUAUCAACCCGCGAUCGAGUUGAUUGUCAUCUUUAGGUGUUUUAACACUGGGCAGGGCCAGUCAGGGCAAGUCUGCCCCCUAGUGGCAGGAAGAGCGCCGCACAGUUAUUGCACUCUGCCUGAGAUGCCAUCCAUUUGACAUUUUAAUGAAUGAUAUAUGAUAUCAAGCUCCUUUAAAUUGGUUUUGCUCUUAAAAUGAUUCAUUUUAGCUUUCUUUUGGAGUCCUUGGACAAAAGCAAGGACUGCAAUGCGUUUUAUAAAGCAGCGAGCAUGAGAUGUCAGUGUUGUGCGACGUGCGUGUCCAGAUGUGUGAUGUUUCUUCGCCGAGACGAAAAUGAGUGUCUUAAUAUGUGCGUAUGUCAAUUUUAAGUAAUCAUUGCACACUUGUGUUUUAAUUUUUUAAGGAGAUUAUUUAGCUAUUCAGAACAGCUGAGACAGGGUUAUCUGUUUUUGUUUUGUUUUUUUGUCUGUUUCAGUGUAAACUUGCUCAUUUUAUUCGUUUUUGUGCAUGUGCAUGCACACACACGUAUAACGCAUAGGUCAAUCCCAUCAAUAGCUGUGUCUGUUUGAAUACAGAAUUUGCAUUAUGGAGUCUACACCUGUGUGUGUUUCUAUACAUUGGCGUGCCCAUUACAUGUGGAUUUAGUGGAUAUUCAUCCAAAUUACACACAAUACAUGAGCCCACACGCACGCCAUGGACACUUGGCAAAUGAGACUUUGAAACAGAGCUGUUUGUCUCUCCCUUCUUCCUUCCAUUCUCUCUCUCCUCCUCUCUCAUUGCUAAUAUGUAAAUGCCAUGUACCUUUUAUUUUGUUAUUUUUGUUAUUGUUAUUCUAUUGUCCUUGUAAUUAGAUUUUUCUCCUAGUGGAGCAGUGCUGGUAUGAACAGAAACCAGCCUUUUUCGGUCUCUCUCUCUCUCCCUCCCUCCUUCCUUCCUUCUAUCCCUUCAUCAUACAACUGUAUAUAACAUUUCAUCCAGCCUCUCUCUGCGUCCAGGGAGGAAGACGAAACUGAACAAAAUUUUGUUAUUACCUGAUAUCUCUUUCUCUUACUCUCUCUCCUUUCCCGCCCCUCUGCCUGCCUGCCCUUCCCCCCUCCUCAUCAGUGUUAAUUCUGAUCCUUUUAUUUAUUGUAUUGCUGUCUUGAUUCUGUUUUUAACAAUCUGAUGGGGGAGGGGUUUUGUGUGUGAUGUCAAUUGAUGUAACGUUCAUAUCUCAAACUCUGGAAUAUUGUUUGAUGGAAUGUUCUGGAAAGGGCAGGGACACACUACCACCACACACCGGCUGCUCAGCCCAUCAGUGAAAAGAUGAACGGUUAAAGGGAGAGAGAGGGAGAGAUAAACAAUGUUUUUGUUUGUUGGUAUAAAUAAUAAACUCAUUAAUAAAGUUAUAAAAUGUC